ACUAGACACAAAAGUACACUCAAACUACAUGUGUUCACCAAACACAAUACUGUGUAUAAGGACUAGCUUUUGUUUAUGCCAGCACAUGUGUCCGGACUGUGGGAAAGUUUACACUCUGAAGCACAACCUGACGAGACACCAGCGACUAGAGUGUAACAAAGAGCCGCAGUUCUCCUGCCACUUGUGUCCUUACCGAGCCAAGCAGAAGAGUAAACUCAAGUACCACCUGUACUGUAAACACGGAGAAGUUCAGCCUUCACGGGCAUAUCUCAAUCUCUAGUCGCAAUAAAUGUUUAUGUUACUUA